AGCUUAUUUAGCACCCUGCACUUAGAACACAUCUGAUUUUGUCAACAAAUUGAUAGUGGAAUAAAGUCAGAGAAUUAGUUGGCUAAGAUACGUCUAUGUAAAUAAUUAAAAUGCUGCACCGUCAACGGUGUUGAAGAAUUCCGACUACGAAGAGUGUUUAAGAAAUGUGCUCGUUGACAUGUUUAAAUCCCAACGCAAUUGCACUCAAUUUGCUAUUGCUAUUGCUUGUGAUAGCGCCCUUAUCAGGAGUACAUCAUCCACCCAUUCACGAUAUUGUGACAACUCAAGAUAUUAUAGCUGGUGAUGUUUUCUUUGAGAUAACAGAACCUGCCGUUUUGGAGUACACGUAUCGGUUACGACCGGCAAAAGAUUUUGGUAUCUCAUUUGUCUCACAGCGUUACACUGGCAUCGCAUUGGUGUUAACGCAACCAGCAGAUGCAUGCUCAAAGAUUCGCAACUAUCGUGAAGUGCGCGGAAACGUAGCAUUAAUUAAAAGAGGCGAUUGUUCGUUUUUAACGAAAACUAUCAACGCAGAAAAUGCCGGCGCCAAAGCGGCUAUUAUGACGGAAUUUGACGAUGAUUCGGCCGAGUUCGAGUAUUACAUAGAAAUGGUACAUGACAACACAAGCAGAGAAGCGCAUAUACCCGCCGGGUUUUUGCUGGGCAAAAAUGGCAUUGUAAUACGUUCGACGUUAAUGAGUCUACGACGGCCACAUGCCAUCAUCAAUAUACCAGUGAACCUAACAUUUGUGCCACCUGCGCAAAUAAAUCAUCCGCCCUGGUUGGGUUGGUAAACUUCAUUAAACAAAGUCAAACAUAGUUGAUCACAGAUGAACACAUCCAAAAAUAUUAACCAAAGUGCAUUCAUACAACUGACUCACCAAAAAUAAAAAUGGCUAAGUAGGCUACUAGUUGAGAUUUAUUUACAUUGUGCAAACUCUUUAUUUUUAUAUUACAAGAAAAAAACAGAAAACCUGUUAAAAACAAAUAUACUUAAGUGUUGAUUUUGCUGGGUUUUAAAUACAACAAACACCCAUAAAUGUCAAGCAAUAUAGGUGGUAGUAAAAGGCCAAAAUUGGACAGACAACGUUAGUAUGAGAGAAAGUCUAAGUCAUCACUAUUUAGAACUGAUUUUACAGUUCUAAUUAUAUAAAUCAAACAAAAAGCAAUCAAGUAGUU